AGUCAUCAGUACGUGUGGCAGACGCGAGGAAACAGUUACAGUUUUAGUGGCUGUUAAGUUUGUUUUGACGUUGGGACGUUGGAAUUUUGUUAGUGUUGUUUCCUGCUGCUUAUUUUUUCCAGUGCCCCUCAGUUUAGUAAUAUGUGCGAACCAACUAAACAUGACAUUGCCAGCAUCUUCAAACGGCUGCGUUCAGUUCCCAUUAACAGAGUGUGUUUUGAUUGUGGAGCAAAAAACCCAAGUUGGGCAAGCAUUACUUAUGGAGUAUUUUUGUGUAUCGAUUGCUCAGGUACACAUCGAUCCCUUGGUGUUCAUUUGAGUUUUAUCAGAUCUACAGAGCUAGAUUCCAACUGGUCUUGGUUUCAGUUGAGGUGUAUGCAAGUUGGAGGGAAUGCAAAUGCCACUUCAUUUUUCCAGCAGCACGGCUGUACCACAAAUGACACAAAUGCAAAGUAUAAUAGCAGAGCCGCCCAUCUUUACAGAGAGAAGAUCAAAUCUUUGGGUUCACAGGCAACAAGAAAGCAUGGGACAGAACUCUGGAUUGAUGGUUCUGGACAUGCUCCUUUGUCUCCUCAGCACAAAGAAGAAGAUUUUUUCACUACACAUACUAAAGACACUAUGCAGGUUGCUGAUAAUGACUGGUCGUCAUCACCAUUACAGCCUACCCCUGCAUUGCUGACAUCUUCAGAAAAAGUCCAAGAAGUUGACGAAAGUGGACCAGAGUUUGGACCCAGUGUUGAUCUGCUUAGUGCUUCACCUAAAGCAGCAUCAGAUGUCUCUUAUUCUAUCAUGAAGAAAAAGCCAGUUGCAACUAAGAAAGGGCUUGGUGGCAAAAAGGGAGGUGGUCUAGGUGCCCAGAAAGUAAGCAGCAAGAGUUUUAAUGAGAUUGAAAAACAGGUUCAGGCUGCUGAUAAACUAAAGGAACAUGAGGAGCAGAACUUGAAGAAGAUGGACAAAGAAGAACCAAUUGUGACAUCUCUCCGACUGGCUUACCAAGAAUUAGAGCUUCAGCGUAAGAAGGAAGAACAGAAGUUAAAAAAUAUGGAGGGGAAAAAGAAGGAACAGGCUGAAAGGCUAGGAAUGGGUUUUGGCAGCAGAAGUGGAGUUUCACAUUCUGUACUAGAAGACAUGCAGACCAUAGAGCAGGUAACCCCCACAACCACCAAGUCAUCAAGAAAGAAGUAUAAUGAUGAUGUGGAAGAUUCCGGCUUUAUACUGCCCAGCUCCAGAUAUUUGGAUGAGCCACUGGACACAGGAAGUAAUUUUUUCUCUAAAUGGGAUGACAGUUCUGAGUCUUCAUGGAGGAAAGACAACAGCAGCGAUACAGAAAUUAUUUUCUCGUCCAAGACGGCAGCAUUAGAGGAAAGGGCUACAUCUCGUCAUAAACAAGAUCAAGGAACUGCAGCAAAUACAGAUGAUGCUCAGAAGAAAUUUGGUAAUGCCAAAGCAAUUUCUUCAGACAUGUACUUUGGAAAGCAGAGUAAUGAAGAGUAUGAAACAAGAACUAGAUUAGAACGUUUCUCUGGAAGCUCAGCUAUAAGUUCAGCAGAUCUAUUUGGAGAAGAGAAGAAGCAUCCGUCAGGGAGCUAUAAUUUGACAAAUGUUCUUCCUUCAGCUCCUGAUAUGACACAGUUCAGACAAGGAGUGAAGUCUGUAGCUGGAAAACUAUCUGUUAUAGCUAGUGGUGUCAUGAAUACUAUUCAGGAUCGUUACAGUUCCUAAAGCUGGUACAGAGGUAGAAUUGGAAUUGAGAGAACAAAUAAAGCUUUUCAGAUGUAAACCAUUCCUGUUGGGUUGGAUCUGGAAAAUGCAGCCUCUCAAAUGUUUACCACUUACCCAUCCAGUCACCUGCAUUAUAUUUCUUUGAAGUAAUAUGAGAUGCCAUGGACAAUGAAUACUUUUGUUUCUCUCACGUUUUGCCAUAAUUUUAUUAUAAUUCUCACAAUUUGUAUUGCAUCUUGACUUGUUAAGUUGCUUGUAAGGAAACACGUGUUUCUUUAUCAAGUAUACAAAAAUUGUCUUAUUUAUUCUAUGCAAAAGUUCAAGUCCAGUAUAAAAGGUGCAGCACUGCUUUUUAAGUGCCCUUAAUGCUGUAUACUUUAAAAUUUUAUUAUUUAAAGAAACAGAUCUUGGAGUAAUAGAGAAAAAAAGUGCGUUAAGGAGAAGUCCCGAAUUUUAAUCAUUCCAUAUAAUGUAUUCGAUUUUCUGUUUAAGGUAAAGAAAUGGGUACUGGCCAUAAUUUGUGAGGAUGACGGAGCAGGAAAUGCAUAUUUAAUUCCUCCCAUCACUGCAGCACAAAUCAGUUAAAAUGUUUAGUGCAAUAACUGGACCAAAAAGCACAAUUUGAUGUGUACCUGUAGUCUCUACAUUUUUUAGAAAAUUGUGGAAGGGGCAGUAAUUUGAUGAAAUAAUUGCCAAGUAUGUACUGGUUGUGGAAGAAAAGCAUUAAGGAACUAAAACUGAAAAAUCAA